AAGUUUUCUGAGCUUCUGCAUAAGGUUAAUUACCUAAAAUGGAUUCAAGGCAACAAAGGACUGCAGCAGCUGAACGUGUAUAUGAAGAUUUCGAGCCUUCAAUGGACUGGCUACGAGAGCCUGGAGCUGACACGCUUAGGGUCUAUCUACCAGGGUUUAAAAGGGAGCAAAUGAAAGUGCAAGUAACCCCAACUCGAAGCCUAAAGAUAAGUGGAGAACGUCCCCUCACUGACAGCAACAAAUGGAGCCGUUUCCGCAAGGAGAUUCCUAUUGAUUCAAAUUAUGAUCAUAAUGAAAUCGGUGCCAAGUUUGAAAAAGGUUUACUUUUUAUCAGACACCCUAAAAUAAUUGUUCCUGCUAAUGAGCCACAGGAGAUGAUAAAACCAUCAAUGGAACCUCCAAAACCACCACCUACAGAGGCCCCAAAGCCUCCAAAGCCACCGCAGGAAAAGGCACAGCCACCUGCAGAACCUCCAAAGCUGAAAAAGCAGCCCUCUAACGUACAACAGCCUAAAAAACAAACAGCACCUGCAGAAACAUCUAAGCCGGAGACGAAAAUAGAACCUUCAAAGCCUGAAAAGCCCAUAAAUACUGAACCUCAGGCUGCAGGUACUCCAAAUAUUGGCAUGGAUAAACAAAGUAGUGGUAAAGCUGAUGGGGUAGGAAAUGGGAAUAGCGUUUCGCAGCAGAUGAUUGAGAAGGAGAAAGUUACAAGCAAACACGAGCAGAAAGAUAAGAGCAAUGGGAUUGCUGAUGCAGGAAGGGAUAUGACAACAACUAGCACAAGCACAAAACAAGAAAAGCUUGCCGAUUAUGUUCAGGAUAAGACAGCUAAAAAUGGGGUUGGAACAGGAAUUGUGAGGGGAAGUAAUUAUGAAUUUGCAACAGAAAUUUUCAAGCAGGUGUUUGGUGAAAUGGUCAUGGAGAUGAAGAAGCAAAAGGAUAUGAAGAACUGGCUUCUGUUUGUUUUACUUUUGGUACUUGGGCUGUUCGCAAUUAGGUACCUUAUUAAAUCUGACAAAUAAUAAUUCUCCCAUUGAUCAAUUGUAUACAGUAAUUUCAUGUAAUUUUAUUUUCAUUUUAGUCAAACAAUACAUU